AUGCUACGAAGUGCAGAGCGCCGAGCCAACUCCGCUGGCGUAAUGUUCCGCAUAAUGAUUCGGCUCCUCCAGUUGGACGGACGGAGAGAGAACAUCACGGGGUUUACAAUGCCACGCGGACGGUCCACAUCACAACCGAGGGCAGCCGGCGUAAAGCGUGCCGAUCUCUGCACUGCUGCUCUCGUAUUCACUACUGCAGAAGCACCGGAAUGA